AUGUCAAUUGAGAAGCAACGUAACACCCACGUGGGCUUAAAGAAUGGACGUAAGUUUUCUUCCUAAAUAAAGCAUUGUGAAAGGGAUAGUAGUGUAAGGCUUUGAAAAGAAAGAUAAGUAAAGGCUAGCCGGUUCAUACUGAUAAGAUGAGGUAAUUUACCACUGAUAAUUUUGAUAGUUUUAUGUUACAAUUUUAGUUAGGUACGUUAUCUUGGAACAGCAUCUAAAGAGCUUGAAGAAUCUAAAAGCAAAGUAUAGUUCUAACCAAAAGCAAACACUCUACGAUUAUUACGAUGUGGCUUAUAUUGGUACGUGUAAUACACCAGUGAGAGCAAGUUUCCGUACUCGAGGAAAAAACAAUUUCAUUUUGAACCUAUUUAUCUUAAAAAACGUAGACAAAAUUGUUACUUGCAGUACAUUAAAACCAUAAUUCCAGGCAACAUAACAGUCGGUACCCCACCAUCGCAGUUCAGAGUAGUACUUGACACCGGAUCAUCCGAUGUGUGGGUUCCGGCACUAGAUUGCAAAGUUGAAGGCACGCAAAACCGUUGUAACAAGACAAAUUUGUUUGACGAAACAAGUUCAACCACAUAUAAGGACCAGAACCGCGAGUUCACUAUUACCUACGGUACUGGCGAGGUCUCUGGUCAUGUCGGCGAAGAUACGGUAGGAUUGGGUGGUAUUGAUGAUGACAAAAUCGUUGUAAAAAACCAAGGAGUUGGAAUCGCAGAAGUGCUGGAUAAGAUAUUGAAUAGUGAUGAAACAUUAGAUGGUAUUGUGGGGCUUGCAUUUUCAUCAAUUUCCAGCGAAAACGAAACUUCAAUUUUUGAAAAAGCUGUGGUAGAAAACUUGGUUGAUGAACCGAUUUUUACAGUUUGGCUUGACGAAGAAGGGAGUCAGGCAAAUGUAAGGAAUGUUUUUGAAAUUUGAAAAAAUAAACGUUGCGAGUAUGACGGAGACAGGACCGCAAACUUCCCCCUCCGGUCGAGAACGCUGCUUCAACGUCAUGCUAAAAAGGUUUAACAGCUUUAAAUUCAGGGCACGGUCGGAGGUCAAAUAACGUAUGGCGGCUUUGACGAUGAACACUGCGAUGACUCCAACAUUGAUUACGCUCAAGUUUCCAAAGCUUUGUGGUGGUAUUUUGAAAUUGACGAUUUUGAAGUUGAUGGUAACGCCAACGGUAAAAGUUACAGCGCCAUUACGGAUACUGGCACAUCUAUAAUUGCGACUCCAAAAAAAGUGUUUGACAAAAUUGUCGACGCAUUUGACGCUAAAUUUAACCCCUUUUAUGGAGUUUAUUUGACCGAUUGCGAGAAAACCCCAACACUUACCGUAGUUCUUAACAACAAGAAGCAUGACAUUGAAGCUAAACAUGUUUUGUUGAAACUGGAUGAAGGCGUGUGCCUUCUUGCCAUUGCACCUUUUGAGGUUCCUCAAAUUGAUUUUAUUUUGGGUGACCCAUUUAUUCGACAAUUCUGUCAAGUGCACAAUGUUGAAGAGAAGACUGUUGGAUUGGCUAAGGCUAAAUCUAAAAAGAACUUAUAA